AUGGGCCGAAUCGGUUACAAAAAGUCCCGGAAUGGGUGCAUGACAUGCAAGAAGAGACGAGUCAAGUGCGACGAGAAGAUUCCAUGUACGGCGUGCACCAAGCACAAUGUCCCAUGCAGCUUGGUCCCAGCGGCCGGCCAUGCUCGGCUACGAGACAAGGACGAAGCAUCCAGCAGUGGAUCCAGCCCUUGCGUGCCAUCGAGCGAACCGUCGGCAUCUCUGCCACGGCCUAGACACCACCGGCCGCUCCAUCCCGCCAGCCGCCCUCCGGUAUCAGAUCCUGCCCCGACUCCGGCGCCGGCACCCGCCGCCUUUGUCGACAUGGCCGACUCGGAUGCGCGGAUCCUCGACCUCGGCCUCUUGCACCACUACACGUCCCGGACGUCCCAGAGCUUCCCCAUCCCUCCGCAGAGCAUCUGGGUCUUCAUGGACUACAUCCCGCGCGUCGCCCUCGGCCACCCGCACCUCCUACACCAGGUGCUCGCCCUCGCCGCCGUCCACGCCGCCUACCUGCGACCCGGGGACCGGACCAAGUACCUCUCCCACGGGUCGCAGCACCAGGGCCACGCCAUUGCGGGCAUGCGGCGCCUCCUCCUCGCCGGCGCCGAUGUCGCGACCGAGGAGGGCAGCCUCGCGCUGUUUCUCGCCGCGGGGCUCUUCCUCGCGUCGAGCUUUGCGUCGCGCCACCUCUACAAUGCCGACCCGGGCGCCGCGCACACGGCCAUGGAUGAGAUGCUCGAGGUCUUCACUGUUGUGCGGGGCUUGCGGGCCAUCCAGGACGCGUCCAUCAGACAGAUUCCCGGCAACGUCGUGCGCUCCCUCGUGAGCGACCGCGCCCCCGCCGAGGUCGGCGGCGGCGGCACCUUGGAUCUGGUCAGGGACAAGCUGGACGAGCUGGCCGUCUUCAUCUCAGCCUGCCGUCAUCUCGACCAGGCAGAAGCACACACAGUUGGCGAGGGCAUCGCGGCGCUGAUCGAGUCCACGGGCGACAUGCCAGGCUCCAAGGUCAUGACGAGCCACGAGCUGAGGGCCGUCUUCAUGUGGCCGCGGGCGCUCGCCCAGGACUUCAUCGCCCUGCUCGAGCAGCGGCACCCGGCGGCGCUGACCGUGUUUCUGUAUUACUGCAUCGUGCUGCAGGCCACGGAAGACACCUGCUGGUUCUUGGACGGGUGGAGCGCGAGGCUGACCAGGGCUGUUGGGAAGUGGCUCGGUGACGCGCCGUGGGCGGACGUGUCGAGAUGGCCGCUCGAGACUCUGCGCCUCAAGGGGCCGAGGUACUGA